CGCCCGCCUUCGGGUACGCGUUCCCCCGGGGCUGGGCUGUCCGGGCCCCGGGAACGGGGCGGCGCGGGGAGGGCCCCGGGGCACGUUACCUGCUUACGUAGCUUUUCUCUCUGAGGAAAGCCUGGCAGAGCCACUUCAGCCAGAACUGCUGCUUCCUGGAGGAUCCUCGUGACAACCGUGUUGCAAUCCCGGCCAGAGAGGGGCGGCCCUCUGCACACCCAGCCAGCGCCCCGGCGGCUCAGCCCCUGCCCUGCGGCCGGCCCCGGCACACUGUCCUUCCUUCCGGGAACCCUCCAGCUCUGCCGUCUGCCGGAACAAUGUCUGUCCUCACUGGCCUGUUUAAGUACAUCGAUGAAAAUCAGGAUCGCUAUGUCAAGAAACUUGCCGAAUGGGUGGCCAUCCAGAGUGUGUCUGCGUGGCCCGAGAAGCGAGGCGAGGUCAAAAGGAUGCUGGAAGUGGCGGCCGCCGACAUCCAGCAACUGGGCGGCUCCGUGGAGCUGGUGGACAUUGGGACACAAAAGCUGCCUGAUGGCUCCGAGAUCCCACUUCCUCCCAUUUUACUUGGCAAACUGGGCUCGGACCCAAAGAAGAAGACGGUGUGCAUUUACGGACACCUGGACGUGCAGCCCGCGGCCCUUGAGGACGGCUGGGACAGUGAGCCCUUCACCUUGGUGGAGCGAGAUGGGAGAUUGUAUGGAAGAGGCUCAACCGAUGAUAAGGGGCCGGUUGCUGCCUGGUUGAACGCCCUGGAAGCUUUUCAGAAAACAAAUCAGGAGAUUCCCGUCAACAUCCGCUUUUGCCUGGAAGGCAUGGAGGAGUCUGGUUCCGAGGGCCUGGAUGAGCUGAUCUUGGCCCGGAAGGACACCUUCUUCCAGGACGUGGACUAUGUCUGCAUCUCUGACAAUUACUGGCUGGGGAAGAAGAAGCCCUGCGUGACCUACGGGCUCCGCGGCAUCUGCUACUUUUUCAUUGAGGUGGAGUGCAGUGACAAGGACCUCCACUCGGGCGUGUACGGGGGCUCGGUGCACGAGGCCAUGACCGACCUCAUUUUCUUGAUGGGCUCCCUGCUGGACCACAAGGGGAGAAUCCUCGUCCCCGGCGUCAACGAAGCCGUGGCCCCCGUGACAGACGAGGAGCUCGCGCUCUACGACAACAUCGACUUCGACAUGAACGAGUACGCGAAGGACGUGGGCGCCGAGAUGCUGCUGCACACCUGCGAGAAAGACAUCCUGAUGCACAGGUGGAGAUACCCGUCUCUCUCCCUGCACGGAAUCGAAGGCGCCUUCUCCGGAGCUGGAGCCAAGACCGUGAUCCCUAAGAAGGUCAUUGGCAAGUUCUCCAUACGGCUCGUGCCGAACAUGACCCCUGAAGUCGUCAGCGAGCAGGUGACGAGUUAUUUGACCAAGAAGUUUGCGGAGCUGCACAGCCCCAACAAGUUCAGGGUGUACCUGGGCCAUGGUGGGAAGCCGUGGGUGUCGGACUUCAACCACCCUCACUACAUGGCCGGGAGGAGAGCCCUGAAAACAGUGUUUGGUGUUGAGCCUGACCUGACCAGGGAGGGUGGCAGCAUCCCCGUGACACUGACCUUCCAGGAGGCCACGGGCAAGAACGUCAUGCUGCUGCCCGUGGGCUCGGCCGACGACGGCGCCCACUCCCAGAACGAGAAGCUCAACAGGCACAACUACAUAGAAGGAACGAAAAUGCUGGGUGCCUACCUGCACGAAGUGUCGCAGCUGCAGAACUGAGGCCGGUUUUCCCGGAGCGCCGCAUCCAGCUGGACAGAACCCUGCGCGCUGGCCUUGCCAUCUUUCUACUUGCUUGGGAAAGCAGGGGCUACCCUCCCUUCUCUUUCCUCUUGUUAAAACUUACAUUUCUUUCCUCUUGUUGAAAGUUACACAGACUUCACGAGUGUGUUUGCCUGGCUGGACUGACAAAUGGCUCAGCAGACAGUCGAAUCGCGCCCUGGUUAGAUUCUCGGAAGUGGUUAGGACGACUUAGUGUCCAGAAAAGAGCCUACAUCUGAAAAAGCUUAACUUCUUCAGUAGAAAGUUCUGGUUGCCUUUGAGUUGGGGUGACCAGGGGCUUGAAGUUUGCCCCUGGGUUGUUUCAUGUCCCAUCUCUGCCCCGCUCAGGAGGCACACUCAGUGUAUUUGUGAAGUUCUCGAGGGGCCGCCCUCUCGGACCCUUUGCUCUCCUGCGAGUCCUGCCCAAUUCUCGGGACAGUAACUGUCACUGACGUCUCCAUCUCCCUUUUCUGCUUCCUCAAACUCACACCUAACUGAAGGGUUAUUUUGUCUUAGUUUGUGCUGCUAAAUAAAAGUAGAAAUGAAGCCUCUGA